CCUGAUGAUCCAUCGUCUUUUGUUUUUUUUUUCCAUCUGUUCAAAGUUUUACCCAACUGCCGCUAUCAGAUUUAUAACCCACACGAGAUCAUACGAAUCAAUCAUCUAUCAGUAGUAAUUCAUAUUGAUUAGUUUGAUUUUCAAACAAAGAAGAGAGCAGAACAGAGAGAGAGAGAGAGAUAUGGCGGAGGGCAAACCCGACGAACAGCUCUUCCAGCUUCUUUCGGGUCUUCUUCAACAGGUGGAAUCAUUGACAAAUACAGAAGAGGUUGAGCUACGUUCUAAGAUCGAAGCUCUUGGUUUGGAAGUCACCAAAGUCCCAUCUAAGUCUGCUCAACACCUCAAUGAGGUGGAUAUAGCUAAGGAGUUGGAUAAGUUAUCAGCCAAAUUAGACGAUGUGGAUGAGAUGAUAUCAUCAGCCAUUGCUUCUGAUCCACAAGUUCAGACGCUUCUUAGCGGCACAGCCGAUGUUUGGAUGCCCGUUAUUACUGCCGGCACUCAGGAGAGACUUAACUUCACUGCCUCUCUUGCUGAUGAUGACCUUCCUAAUAACGAUACUACUACUACUACCAACAAGCCCAGCUCUUCUUAAUCCCGUCAUGUCGCACUUCUCUCUUUUGCAUUCUUGUUUCUUCUUUUGUAUAUCAUAAAUCAAGAAGAGUAUUUAUUCAUGAGUUAUAUUGAUGUUGUUGGAUGUUUAUGCGAAUUGAGUACAACUGUUUCUUUUAUUA